AUGCGAGACAUUAAGGACGGGACAGAGGAGGCUGUGCUUUGCCUGCAGGACUGCUACGACUGCACUGAUUGGGACAUCUUCAACGAAGCUUGCAGUGACAAUCUUGAUGAACUUGCUGACGCAGUUUCUUUGUAUGCCACUUUUUGCAGGGAUAUGAUCAUUCCCUGUAGGCGUGUGAAAAUAUUUCCCAAUAAUAAGCCAUGGGUCACGAGAAAGCUGACCAGCCUGGAAUACAUUGCCAUAUCCUGCUGCCUCAGCAAGACCAAGGCCAUCACAGGAGACCCCUCACACCCUGCCUACCCCCUGGCCCAGCAGGGUUUCAGGUCUGUGCCCAGGAACCUCACUGUGUAUAUGGAAGCCACAGCUGUAUUAAGGUGUGUGAGGUGCUGUGGGCCUUCAGGGACUGUGCAGUGGGCUAAAGAUGGCCUCCUCCUGGGACCCGAGAGAAGUCCGCCAGACAUUCAAUGCUUCAGCAUGAUUGGAAACCCCAAGAGAGGUGAGUAUCAUCUUCAGAUCGAAAAUGCUAAGCUGGAAGAUGACACCCCCUAUAGCUGUCAAGCAGGCUCAUCUGAAAUCAGUCAACCAAUUAUUUCUGAUACAGCCUGGAUCAGCGUGCGUUGUGAGGAAAACAACAGCAGUUUGAGAAUGUGGGCGCUUCUGCAUGUUUUUUCUUUGGUGACCAUGAAAAGUCCAUUUACAGAGGGUCCCCUCUUUAGGGCAGAGGAGAGUCAGCCAGCGCCUCAGCGUACAGCAACAGCAUCUCCUAGUGGCGAGCACCUGCAUUCAGUUCCUCCUUCCAAACCUGACUUUGAGUUGGGCGGGGCGCCCCCUGGGGUGGCAGGAAUAACAUACACAAUCACCUGCAUAGUUCCUGAUGCAAAGCCCGGAGCUGAAGUCACACUGCAUAAAGUUGGAGAGGAAAUGGCGUGUGCAGAGUCUUUCUCCAUGUCUGGCUCAGAGGAUAAGCUCCUGAACACACGUGCUGGAGUAACGGUGACGGCUCUGAGCUCUGACAACGGGAGGCAGCUGUCUUGUCAUGCCAAAAACCCCACCAUCAAGCAGCCUCUAGAGACCGCAGUGACCAUGAGUGUGUACUCAUUACCUUCACACCACAACAACUUUCAAGUUGGCUUGCAAGUUGGCCAACUCUCAUCAUUUGUAUAUAAUUUCAAGUUUGUCCACAACAAUUUCCUUGGAGGCCAGUAUGCCUCACCAGUUGUAGCCAGGACUCUCGGACUCUUGGCUGCCAAAUAUGAGCUGGCAAUGUCCACGAAUGAGGAGGUUCUGUCUACCAGCUGGGAAGAAGACAUCGAGCUGCAGAGGUCCAGUGGCAUCCUCCGCCUGCUGAUCACUCCAGAGAAUAAUCUGGAUAACCAGAGGAGCAUCAGUCUGGUGUCUGUCUUUCCUCUGUCAGUCAGCCGCACAGUCACUGUGCUGUGCGCUGAGAGAAGCCGAAGGGUUAGACAUAGAUCUGCAGAAGACUACUGUCCCUCGCCUCAAGGUUUAUCCCUGCAAGAUUCAAGGCAGUGGUGUCACUUUGCCAGCAGCUAUUGCGCCGUGUCUCCCUCUGUGGCUAAAAUUACUCAGGUAGUGGUGCUUGGUUCCUCCAGGGUCAUAGAGGGGCAGGAGUUGACUCUAAUCUGCUAUGCCGCCUCCAGUAACCUCCCUGUCCAGAUCCGCUUGUGGCUGCGCUUCAGGGAACUCAUCACCACCAAUGUCAUCAAUUACAGCAUAGAGUUUGGUGAACCUUGUAAUGAGGAGGUUCUGUCUACCAGCUGGGAAGAAGACAUCGAGCUGCAGAGGUCCAGUGGCAUCCUCCGCCUGCUGAUCACUCCAGAGAAUAAUCUGGAUAACCAGAGGAGCAUCAGUCUGGUGUCUGUCUUUCCUCUGUCAGUCAGCCGCACAGUCACUGUGCUGUGUGAGUGCAAGGUUGUUGAAAAUGAGCUGGUUGACUGCUUCACUUGCACUUCAGGCGCUGAGAGAAGCCGAAGGGUUAGACAUAGAUCUGCAGAAGACUACUGUCCCUCGCCUCAAGGUUUAUCCCUGCAAGAUUCAAGGCAGUGGUGUCACUUUGCCAGCAGCUAUUGCGCCGUGUCUCCCUCUGUGGCUAAAAUUACUCAGAGGAGUUAUACUGCACAUAUGCCUGUUGAACAUAGAGACACUAUCCCAGCAGGCUAUGGGGGCUUACCGCUAAGUUGUAUUUUUUUCAAUGCCAUUUGUGUCCCAGGCUCCACAGACUGGAACAGCCAUCCAAAAGAAGCUGAGUUUGGUGGUGUUUCAGUGCACACUUCUCUGUCACUGAAUUUAACUUCACAGCGUCACAAUCAACGGGUCAUUUGCCAAGCGUACAGCGCUGUGCUAGCUGAGGGGCCCAGCACAUUCUUCAGACUCAAUGUGCUGUACCCACCAGAGUUCAGCACAGACCAGCCAAAGCAGGUGCAGGUGGUGGAGGAUGAUGCGCCAACCGUCCCGCUGCUGGUCUUAGCUAACCCAGAUGAGGUUUCUUGCAUUUGGCUGCAUCGCAGGGAUCCACAUUACUAUUGGUCAGAGGACACAUCAUUAGAAAUCAAGAAUGUGACAACAAAAGCUGCUGGCUUUUACAAUGAGCAGUGCACCAUUGAUGGUCCCAUUGUUAAGGCAGAGAAAGAUCCCAUGCACGUGAAACUUGGGGACACGCUAGCUCUGAUAUUUGUGGCAGACGGAGCCGGUGAGGUGGAGAUGUGAGAGGAGAUGCAGGAAGAGGAAUCAGGUUUUCUCAGCAUCUAUGAUGUGACUUGAGCUCAUGCUGGACUGUACCAGUGCACAACCGAUAAUGAUAUAUCCAUUUACCAUUUAUUUAACAACAUGAGCGCAGCUGUGUACUGUGCUAUCUUCACCUGCACUGCUCGCAACUCACUUGGAGAAGACAGGCUGGAUAUGGAGCUCGUCAGCACAAAUAUAUUUGAAAUAUUAUGUUUUAUGUUCUUCACACACAACUGUGUGACCUCUCAGAAAAACACCAGUAUCAUCAAGUUUGCCGACAAUACUACAGUCAUUGGUCUGAUCAAUGGCGGGGAAGAGACAGCAUACAGGAAGGAGGUGGCUGAGCUUGUGGCCUGGUAUCAUUACAACAAUCUUUUAUUAAAUGCAGACAAGACCAAAGAAAUGAUUGUUGAUCCGAGGAAGAAGCAGGUGCUGCACACACCCCUGUAUAUAGGUCAACCCGAUCCUCCCUCAUGUCGCCCAGUGUUUCAUAGAUAUGAUUCUGUCACUCUGGAGUAUCCCGGCUUUGAUGGUUGUUUGCAGAAAAGAUUCAGUAUAAGGUUCAUUUUAUUUCAACUACCGAUGGGAUCAUUCAGUUUCCUGUACAUGGACAGAGCAACUGCCUUCACUGUGACCGGCCUGCACCCACACACUACAUACAACUUCUCUGUCAAUGCCCUCAAUGCAAUGGCAGAGAGUGGCUAUGCUGAUAAUAACCAGGUACUGACCAUCACUACCAAGGGGGGCAGAGAAGGCGACAUGGUGGAUAGAAAGAAGAAUGAAGGGGAGUUGUAA